UUUACAUUCAUAUUGCGAGCUCUUCUUUCCAUCACAAUGAGAAAUGGGAAUCGCAGGAACACCUUCGACAACAAUACGACAACUGCCCAUGUCACUCGCGUCCCGCCACGUGGCCGUGAUCGGAGCUGGCGCCGCCGGUCUCGUAACGGCCCGAGAGCUCCGGCGCGAGGGUCUCAGCGUGGUGGUCUUUGAGCAAGGCGACCAGGUGGGCGGCACCUGGGUCUACACCCCGACGGUCGAGUCCGACCCGAGCGGGCUCCGCCCCAUCCGGGCCACGGUCCACACGAGCCUCUACCGGUCCCUUCGCACGAACCUCCCCCGCGAGUGCAUGGGCUUCCGGGACUACCCGUUCGUCUCACGGGACGACCCGGACAGAGAUCCGAGGCGCUUCCCGGGUCACCGAGAGGUCCUCAUGUAUCUCAAAGACUUCGCGAGCGAGUUUGGGAUUGCUGAGUUGGUGCGACUGAAGACGGAGGUUGUGCGCGUGGGAUUAGUGGAUGGCUCGAAAUGGAAAGUGAUAUCAAGAAAGAGUGGCAGCGACGAAGCGGGUGUGGAUGAGAUUUUUGACGCCGUUGUUGUGUGUAACGGCCACUUCACCGAGCCUCGUGUCGCUGAAAUUCCCGGCAUUGGUAAAUGGCCUGGGAAGCAAAUUCAUAGCCACAAUUAUCGUGUUCCAGAGCCUUUUAGAGAUCAAAUUGUAGUGUUGAUAGGGAGUUCAGCAAGUGGUGUUGAUAUUUCUCGUGACAUAGCUAGUGCUGCCAAAGAAGUACAUAUUGCUGCUAGAACAUUUGUCGAUGGAACAUUGGGAAAGCAGGCUGGCUAUGAUAACCUGUGGCUUCAUCCUAUGAUAGAAAGUGUCCAUGAAGAUGGUACUGUAUAUUUCCUAGACGGUAACUUUGUCCUUGCUGAUGUCAUUCUUCACUGCACAGGGUACAAGUACGAUUUUCCUUUUCUUGAAAUGGAUGGCUUUGUGACUGUGGAUGACAACCGUGUAGGGCCACUGUACAAGCACAUUUUUCCACCAGUCUUGGCCCCAUGGCUUUCCUUUGUUGGUUUACCGUGGAAGGUUAUCCCUUUUCCCAUGUUUGAAUUACAAAGCAAGUGGAUAGCUGGUGUCUUGUCUGAUCGACUGAUGCUUCCAUCACAACAAGAGAUUAUGGAAGAUGUUGAAGCUUUCUACUCAUCGCUCGAAGUUUCUGGCACGCCUAAGCGAUACACUCACAAGAUGGGUGAUUAUCAGUUCGAGUACAAUAAUUGGCUUGCCUCUCAGUGUGGAUGCCCUGCAGAUAAAGAAUGGAGAAAAGAAAUGUUUUACUCAAGUAGCAAGAACAGAUAUGCUCGACCGGAGUCUUACCGUGACGAAUGGGAAGAUCAUCAAUGGCUUUUGCAAGCUCAUGAGGAUUUCAUGGAGUACACCUCAAAUCGUGUUUAGUGUUAGAUGUCUCCCUCAGUAAUCAAGCUUUAAGACUUUCCUUUUUUUUCUUUUUUUUUUCUCGAGUUAUUAUUAUUCUCUUCUACUUAUUCUUCUGAAUAAAUAAUGUAAUUUAAAAAGAAAAAUGAGAGAGAGGGGUGCAUUCUUCUAACCUUAGGAACUUCAAGAUUGAAAGUUCUUAGAAAAUGCUCAAAUUUGGCUAUUUAAUGACCAUGUCUUUAUUUGUUACUUAUGCAGCUUACACACUAGUACUAUUGAAUGAGGUGAGAAGGAA